AUGUUGUGUAGGAGGAGAAGAACAACAACAACAACAACAACAAGGAGGCAGCACAGACCAGACUCUGCUGGACCUGAACCUGAACCAGAACCUGAACCUGGACCUGAAUCCAGCUGUGUGUCCUUCAAGAGCGACUGGUCAAAGGAGGAUGUUACUAAUUUUAAACAAAGACAAUCAUUUGAUCAAAAGAUCCAUCAGAGACCAGACUCAGCUGGACCUGGACCCAGUUGCGUGUCCCUCCACAGCAACUGGUCAAAAGAGGAUGUUACUAAUUUUAAACAAUCAUCUGAUCAAAAGAUCCAUCAGAGACCAGACUCUGCUAGACCUGAACCUGGACCUGGACCCAGCUGUGUGUCCUUCAAGAGCGACUGGUCAAAGGAGGAUGUUACUAAUUUUAAACAAAGACAAUCAUUUGAUCAAAUAGUGGGCCAGGAGAGCUCUGAGGUUCCCGGUGGUCAGUCUGCCCAGCAGCAUCAAACACAGUUGGACUCCAUAUUUAUGCUGCUGGAGGAGAACAUCGUCACUUUUGUGAAGAACGAGCUGAAGAAGAUGCAGAAGGUUCUAACUUCAGAUUACCCAGAAUGCUUAGAGAGUCAGAGAGAGGAUGAAGAGGUGUUGGAUGGUGAGGAGGAGGAGCAGAUGAGGAGCAGCAGAGAGGCAUUUCUGAAGAUCACCCUGCACUUCCUGAGGAGAAUGAAGCAGGAGGAGCUGGCUGACCGUCUGCAGAACAGAAGUCCUGCAGGUUGUCAGUCUAAACUCAAGUCUAACCUGAAGAAGAAGUUCCAGUGUGUGUUUGAGGGGAUUGCUAAAGCAGGAAACCCAACCCUUCUGAAUCAGAUAUACACAGAGCUCUACAUCACAGAGGGAGGGACUGCAGAGGUCAAUGAUGAACAUGAGGUCAGACAGAUUGAAACAACAUCCAGAAAACCAGCCAGACCAGAAACAACCAUUAGACAAGAAGACAUCUUUAAAGCCUCACCUGGAAGAGAUGGACCAAUCAGAACAGUGAUGACAAAGGGAGUGGCUGGCAUUGGGAAAACAUUCUUAACACAGAAGUUCACUCUGGACUGGGCUGAAGACAAAGCCAACCAGGACAUACACUUCACAUUUCCAUUUACUUUCAGAGAGCUGAAUGUGCUGAAAGAGAAAAAGUACAGCUUGGUGGAACUUGUCCAUCACUUCUUUACUGAAACCAAAGAAGCAGGAAUCUGCAGGUUUGAAGAGUUCCAGGUUGUGUUUAUCUUUGACGGUCUGGAUGAGUGUCGACUUCCUCUGGACUUCCACAACAAUGAGAUCCUGACUGAUGUUUCAGAGUCCACCUCAGUGGAUGUGCUGCUGACAAACCUCAUCAGGGGGAAACUGCUUCCCUCUGCUCACCUCUGGAUAACCACACGACCUGCAGCAGCCAAUCAGAUCCCUCCUGAGUGCGUUAGCAUGGUGACAGAGGUCAGAGGGUUCACUGACCCACAGAAGGAGGAGUACUUCAGGAAGAGAUUCAGUGAUAAGAAGCAGGCCAGCACAAUCAUCUCCCACAUCAAGACAUCACGAAGCCUCCACAUCAUGUGCCACAUGCCAGUCUUCUGCUGGAUCACUGCUACAGUUCUGGAGGAUGUGUUGAAAAGCAGAGAGGAAAGAGAGCUGCCCACGACCCUGACUGAGAUGUACAUCCACUUCCUGGUGCUUCAGUCCAAACUGAAGAAUGUCAAGUAUGAUGGAGGAGCUGAGACAGAUCCACACUGGAAUCCAGAGAGCAGGAAGAUGAUUGAGUCUCUGGGAAAACUGGCUUUUGAGCAUCUGCAGAAAGGCAACCUGAUCUUCUAUGAAUCAGACCUGACAGAGUGUGGCAUCAAUAUCAGAGCAGCCUCAGUGUACUCAGGAGUGUUCACACAGGUUUUUAAAGAGGAGAGAGGGCUGUACCAGGACAAGGUGUUCUGUUUUGUCCAUCUGAGUGUUCAGGAGUUUCUGGCUGCUCUUCAUGUCCAUCUGACAUUCAUUAACUCUGGAGUCAGUCCGCUGGCAGAAGAACAAACAACAUCCAAAAAGUCUGAGACUAAACUAAAAUCUGCAGAGACACAUCUCUACCAGAGUUCUGUGGAUGAGGCCUUACAGAGUCCAAAUGGACAUCUGGACUUGUUCCUCCGCUUCCUCCUCGGUCUUUCACUGCAGACUAAUCAGACUCUCCUAAAAGGCCUGCUGACACAGACAGGAAGUUGCUCGCUGGCCAAUGAGGAAACAGUCGAGUACAUCAAGAAGAAGAUCAGUGAGAAUCUCUCUGCAGAGAGAAGCAUCAAUCUGUUCCACUGUCUGAAUGAACUGAAGGAUCCUUCUCUAAUGGAAGAGAUCCAACAGUACUUGAGAUCAGGAAGUCUCUCCACAGAUGAACUGUCUCCUGGUCAGUGGUCAGCUCUGGUCUUCAUCUUGCUGUCAUCAGAAAAAGAUCUGGACAUGUUUGACCUGAGGAAAUACUCUGCUUCAGAGGAGGCUCUUCUGAGGCUGCUGCCAGUGGUCAAAGCCUCCAAUAAAGCUCUACUGAAUGGCUGUAACCUCUCAGAGAAAAGCUGUGCAGCUCUGUCUUCAGUUCUCAGCUCCCAGUCCUCUAGUCUGAGAGAGCUUGAUAUGAGUAACAACAACCUGCAGGAUUCAGGAGUGAAGCUGCUGUCUGCUGGACUGGAGAGCCCACACUGCACACUGGAAACACUCAGCCUGUCAGGAUGUCUGAUCACAGAGGAAGGCUGUGCUUCUCUGGCCUCAGCUCUGAGCUCCAACCCCUCCCAUCUGAGAGAGCUUGACCUGAGCUGCAAUCAUCCAGGAGCAUCAGGAGAGAAGCUGCUGUCUGCUGGAGUUGAGGAUCCACACUGGAGUCUGGACACUCUCAGGCUGAGUGACUGUAACCUCUCAGAGAGAAGCUGUGCAGCUCUGUCCUCAGUUCUCAGCUCCGAGUCCUCUAGUCUAAGAGAGCUGGACUUCAGAAACAACAACUUGCAGGAUCAAGGAUUGAAGCUUCUGUCUGCUGGACUGGAGAGUCCACACUGCACACUGGAAACUCUCAGCCUGUCAGGAUGUCUGAUCACAGAGGAAGGCUGUGCUUCUCUGGCCUCAGCUCUGAGCUCCAACCCCUCCCAUCUGAGAGAGCUUGACCUGAGCUACAAUCAUCCAGGAGACAAAGGAGAGAAGCUGCUGUCUGCUGCACUGAAGGAUCCACGCUGGAGACUGGAGACUCUCAGGCUGCAGCCUGCUGGAGUCCGAUGGUUGACACCAGGUCUGAGGAAGUAUUUCUGUGAACUCACACUGGAUCCAAACACAGCAAACAGAAAACUCAAACUGUCUGACAACAACAGGAAGGUGACACAUGUGAAGGAGGAUCAGUCAUAUCCUGAUCAUCCAGACAGAUUUGAUGGCUGGGAACAGCUGCUGUGUAGAAAUGAUCUGACUGGUUGCUGUUACUGGGAGGUCGAGUGGAGAGGAAUAUAUGCUAAUAUAUCCGUGAGUUACAGAGGAAUCAGCAGGAGAGGAGACAGUGAUGACUCCUGGUUUGGAGCGAAUGAUCAGUCCUGGAGUCUGUACUGCUCUGAUGGUGGUUACUCUGUCUGGCACAAUAACAAAAAAACAUCCAUCCCCUCCUCCUCCUUCUCCUCCUCCUCCUCCUCCUCUGUCUCUAACAGAGUAGCAGUGUAUGUGGACUGUCCUGCUGGCACUCUGUCCUUCUACAGAGUCUCCUCUGACACACUGAUCCACCUCCACACCUUCAACACCACAUUCACUCAGCCUCUGUGUGCUGGGUUUGGAGUCUGGCCUCGUUCCUCAGUGUCUCUGUGUUCUCAGUAG